AUGGGACGUCGAUCCUCAGACACCGAAGAAGACAGCAGAAGUAAGAGAAAGAAGAAACACCGGAGAAGGUCAUCUUCAAGCAGCUCUUCAGACAGUAGAACAUACAGCCGAAAGAAGGGCGGGAGAAAGUCUAGGUCAAGGUCAAGGUCUUGGUCCAGAGAUCUUCAGCUUCGUUCGCAUUCUUAUGACAGAAGACGCAGGCAUCGAUCAAGCAGUAGCUCCUCUUAUGGCUCCAGAAGAAAACGAAGUCGAAGUCGUUCACGGGGUCGUGGGAAAUCCUAUAGAGUGCAGCGGUCUAGGUCAAAAAGCAGAACUCGAAGGGAAUCUGGAAACAUCAAAACUGGAUUAGAACAUCUGCCACCAGCUGAACAGGCCAAAGCUAGACUACAACUGGUUCUUGAAGCUGCUGCAAAAGCGGAUGAAGCAUUGAAAGCCAAAGAGAGAAAUGAGGAAGAAGCUAGAAGAAGAAAGGAGGAAGAUCAAGCCACCCUGGUAGAACAAGUGAAAAGAGUAAAAGAAAUUGAAGCUAUUGAAAGUGAUUCUUUUGUUCAGCAGACAUUCAGAUCAAGUAAAGAAGUCAGAAAGUCAGUAGAGCCGAGUGACGUGAAGAACACGGCGGCAGCAUCGGCACCAGUGUCAGCAGCUGCUGACCCACCCAGUGCUGAGAAGGAAAUCGACCCUAGCAACAUCCCUACGGCUAUCAAGUACCAGGAUGACAAUUCUCUGGCCCACCCAAAUUUAUUUAUCGAGAAAGCAGAGGCUGAUGAAAAGUGGUUCAAGAGAUUAAUUGCUCUCCGACAAGAAAGGCUGAUGGGCAGUCCUGUGGCCUGA